GCGGAGGCCCGGGGAGGAGGACGAGGGAGCACCCGCCCGUCCCGGGGGUCCAGGGCCCGGGAGGCGUCCUUGGCCAUGGAGCCCAAGCACCGGGAGCUGCUGGCCCAGUGCCAGCAGAGCCUGGCCCAGGCCAUGACGGAGGUGGACGCGGUGCUGGGGCUGCUGGAGGCCGCGGGCGCCCUGACCCCCCGCGACCGCCGCCGGCUGCAGGAGGAGGAGGACGAGGCCGAGGCGGCGGCCGGCGGGGCGGCCGGCGGAGGGGCCAGGGCCAAGGCCGACCUGCUGCUCAAGCUGCUGCUGGCCAAGGAGCGAGACCACUUCCAGGACCUAAGAGUGGCCCUGGAGAAGACGCAGCCCCACCUGUUGUCCAUCCUCUACCUGAACGGCGUGGCCGGGGGGUCGCGGCCCGCCGGGGAGGCCGCCGGGGAGUCCGCCGGCUCCACUUACAGUGUUUUGUCCAUCAUGCCCUCGGACUCAGAAAGCAGCAGCUCUCUCAGUAGCGUGGGCACAACUGGCAAAGCAUCAUCCCCACCACCUGUGAUCACAGACACCAGGCAGAUGAGUGAGAAACUGGAGACUAUUUUGUUUCAGCUGCGACAGGUGACCCGCGAGAGGGACGAGCUGCGGAAGCGCCUGGCCCUGUCAUCUCCUGGAUCGACUUUUGACGACUGCAGGCCCAGCCCCAAACCAAGUCACGACUAUGAAAGGCUGAAGAUCCAGUGUGUGAAGGCCAUGUCAGACCUUCAGUCUCUCCAGAAUCAACACACCAAGACCCUGAAGAGAUGUGAGGAAGCAGCCAAAGAAGCAGACUUCUACCACACACUGCACAGCCGUCUCUUGAGCGAUCAGUCCCAGCUGAAGGAGGACGCGGAUGCCCUGAAGCGAGAGAAUGCCCAGCUGAUCCGAGAGCACAAUCACCUGCAGCAGUCCUGUGAGGAGAUGAAAAGGCUCCAUGAGGAAGAUCAGAAGGAGAUCGCUGACCUCCGGGUCCAGCAGCAGCAGGUGAUGAAGCAGAAUGGCUCGUCGGAGAUCCUCAAUAAACUCUACGACACAGCCAUGGACAAGCUGGAGGGGGUGAAGAAGGAAUACGAUGCCUUAAGGAAGCGGUACAAUGAGAAAACUGCCCACCACAACACCGACCUGAGUCGGCUGGAGCAGGCAGAGGAGGAGAACCGUCGCCUUCAGAAACAGAUAGAUAUGCUGAUGAAGCAGAGGGACUCGGCCAUCCAUUUCCAGCAGCAGUACUCUUCCUCUCUGAGGAGGUUUGAGUCUGUCCAGCAAGAACUGAACAAGGCGACCUCUCAGAACAAAGAGCUGCAGAGGGAGAUGGAGCGUCUCCAGUCAGAGGUGACCCGGUUUAAGACCAUGCAGCUGAAGGCUGUCAAGGAUUCAGAGAAGUACAAGGAGGAGAGGGACUCUGUAUUCAGUGAAUACCGGCUCAUCAUGAGUGAGAGAGACCAGGUCAUCAAGGAGGUAGACAAACUCCAGACUGAAUUGGAACUGGCAGAGUCAAAGCUGAAAAACACUUCCUCUGAGAAAAGAGUGGCCAAUGAAGAGAUGGAGGCUUUGAGACAGGAGCUAAACUCAGCUCUAGUGGAAAGAGAUCGAGCAAUCUGUGAGAGGAAUGAGUUACUGGAAAAGUACUGCCACGAAGUGAAGGACAAGGCGGAAGCCCAGAAGGAGCUUAAUCAAGCUUGCAAAGAUAUAGAGACAGUAAAGGAAGAAAGAGAUGUUGCCAGGAAAGAGAGGACAGAAGCUAUCAUCCAGAGAGACCAUCUGCUAAGGGAAUAUUACCAAGCUCGUCAGAUACAGGAUUCAGCGACGCUGGACAUAGAGCGAGCCAACAAGGAAAUUGAAAUGCUCCGCAAGCAGUACGAAGCCAUGUCCCAAGAACUCAAGGAAGCCGUUCAAGAGGCCGAAGUAGCCAAAUGUAGGCGGGAUUGGGCCUUCCAGGAACGGGACAAGAUAGUGGCUGAAAGGGAGAGCAUACGGACCUUGUGUGACAACCUAAGGCGGGAGAGGGACCGGGCCGUCAGUGAUUUGGCCGAAGCCCUGCGCAAUCUGGAUGACAUGAGGAAGCAGAAGAAUGAUGCUGGCCGGGAACUGAAGGAACUCAAGGAAAAGAUGGAGAACCAGUUGGAAAAGGAGGCCAGGUUCCGACAGCUAAUGGCGCACAGUUCCCACGACUCAGCCAUCGACACAGAUUCUCUGGAAUGGGAAACGGAGGUGGUAGAAUUUGAAAAGGACAGAGAGGAUAUGGAUUUGAAGGCGCUUGGAUUUGAUGUGGCAGAAGGUGUGAAUGAGCCCUAUCUCCCUGGUGACUGUGGUAUUUUUGUCACCAAAGUAGACAAAGGAAGCAUUGCAGAUGGCCGCUUAAGAGUGAACGACUGGUUGCUGAAAAUAAACGACGUGGAUCUGACCAACAAAGACAAGAAGCAGGUGAUCAAGGCUGUGCUCAAUGGAGGAGGCGUUAUCAACAUGGUUGUCCGAAGAAGAAAGUCCUUGGGAGGGAAGGUGAUGAUAACCCCACUCCAUAUUAACCUGGCUGGACACAAAGACAGUGGAAUUAGUCUGGAGAAUGGUGUAUUUGUUUCUGCUGUGGUGCCUGGAAGCCCAGCUGCUAAAGAAGGGUCCCUUUCUGUGGGAGACAGAAUUAUUGCCAUAAAUGGCAUUGCACUCGAUAAUAAAUCUCUGACCGAAUGUGAGGCUCUUCUCCGGAACUGCAGGGAUUCCUUAACCCUCUCACUGAUGAAGGUGUUCCCUCAGAGCUCCUCGUGGAGUGGACAAAACAUAUUUGAGAACCUCAAGGACUCGGAUAAGAUGUCCAACUGUAAGGUCCUCGGGUCAGAGGUCCAGGUUCAAAACAAGCGGAACUUGAAGCAACACAAUAGCUCCACUCAGACCGACAUCUUCAACCCCGACCUGCUAAUGGAGGGCAGGAAGGACCCCGGGGACGAGGGCGACGGCGGUUCCUUCUGCGGACAUAAGCCCUUCCCUGCAGGCCCUCUGAGCGGAGCGGACCCUCACCGGGGUUGCCACAGCACCUCGGAGCACAGCCUCAGCUCCUUUAGCCCUGACCCCUACGGGGAGCGGGGCUAUGGCCUGGUGAACCUGGACAGUCGCGAACUGCCGCCCUUCGAGCCUGCGGUGGCUGGCUGUGUCCUGGCGGAAACUCCACUAGGCAAAGCGGGUCCGGGAGCUAAGCAUAGUGGGGGAACCUGGCCCAAGGUCGUGGUCAACAUCUCCAUGGCAGACACAGAAAAGUUUUCAGUCUACAAGAAACCAAAGCAAAGGAAGUCCAUCUUUGACCCCGACACCUUCAAGAGGCCCCAGACACCUCCCAAAGUGGAUUUCCUUUCUCCGGGCCCAGGCCCUGCUCACUCCCCGCAGGCCUCAAAGGCAGAAGGGCCUCCUACUCCUCCCACGCCCCCCAAAAGGAGUGACUCCAUCAAGUUUAAGCACAGGCAGAAGGCCAGCUCUGCCUCCGAGUCCACCGCGACCACGGGCUCACCCCCUGCCAGCCCUUCGGCUACCCAGCCUCCGGCUGCCCCGCCGGCUCACAGAAGUCGGGGACAAACUGCUGGCCACUUUUACCGGGAGGAGGGAGGGGACUGUGCUCGCCUGGCCGCCAGAGAGUCCUGCGAAGAGGACAUUGGCUUCCAGAGAGGGGAGGAGCCAGAGGUGAAACGGCCCCGACCCAAGUCCGCUCCAGCUCUGAGGCACAAACUCACCCCGGUUGUCAUUCCUAACCAAUCUCUUCAGGUCCAGAAAUACACUCCGAAUAGUGACGAGCCCCUGCCUCCAGGACUUCAGGAAUGGGCCCUCUACUCCCCGUCCAAGCGUCCCACCAGGCACAGUGACAGCUUUACCCCCAUAUACUCCAGCGCGGGAUCUACAGGUACUGUCCCCCGAAGUUUAGCGCCGUGCCCCGCUGUUACGGCUGUCAUGAGAAACCCAAUUUAUACAGCUUGGAGUCACCGGGUUCACACAAACAACUGCCCAUCUGUCGCCAGCCAGAUCUGCCAUCAGCAUUUGCACCCCAGUCCUCAGCACCAAGGACGCCUGAGUCUGGAUCUGAGUCACAAACACUCCAGCGACUACCCGGAAACCACCCGGACAAGAGCGUCUCACGGAUCAAACUCCCUACCGUCCAGCGCAAGACUCGGCUCCUCAACGAAUUUGCAGUUUAGAACGGAACGCAUCAAAAUCCCCUUAACGCCAAGAUACCCGCGGUCUGUCAUGGGCUCUGACCGAGGUUCAUUGUCACAUUCCGAGUGUAGCAGCCCCAACCUCAUCACUCCUCCACAGUCGCCUCUGAACCUAGAAACCUCAUCCUUUGCCAGCAGCCAGUCUCAGAACUCUCUUUCCACGUUACCACGAAUCUCCAUCAGUCCGGUGUCCGUCGGAGAGCGGAGGAAAGAUAGAUAUCUGUUCCAUAAUAGGUCUUUUCUGAGAAUUCCUGGGGCUCCUAGGCCUAGGUUCUCCUCACUAAGGAGUUUGAGGCCCUACAUGGAAGAGCCUCGUCAUGUGAAAGUGCAGAAGGGCUCUGAGCCACUGGGGAUUUCCAUUGUGAGUGGGGAAAAUGGAGGAAUCUUCGUUUCCAAAGUAACUGGCGGAAGCAUUGCUCAUCAAGCAGGUCUCGAGUAUGGUGAUCAGUUGCUAGAGUUUAACGGCAUAAACCUGAGGAACGCGACGGAGCAGCAAGCACGCUUAAUCAUCGGGCAGCAGUGCGACACCAUCACUAUCCUGGCUCAGUAUAACCCGCACAUGUACCAACUGGGCAAUCACUCCCGGUCCAGUUCCCGCCUGGAGCCUGGAAGCAACCAUCCCACCCCCCAGGGCAGUGGGGCCGCCACCCCGGACAGCCACUCUGUCAUCGACACAGUGAGCGAGCAGGACGAGGGGACAAUGACCCCGCCAUCCAAGCAGACCACCCCCACCACCAGCCCCAGGAAUUCCAUCAGGGUUCCCGUGGAUGCCAACAGAAGGACUGUCGAGCCACGAACGGUCGUCAUCAGAAAAUCCCAGGUGGAACUUGGGAUCCAGAUCUGUGGGGGGAACCUGUACGGGGUGUAUGUGGCCGACCUCGAAGAUGACAGUCCUGCCAAGGGACCUGAUGGACUCGUGCCUGGAGACCUCAUUCUCGAGUACGGCUCCAUCGACAUGAGGAACAAGACUGCUGAAGAGGCCUACCUUGAGAUGCUGAAGCCAGGAGACGACAUCCGAGUGAAGACUCAGUAUCGACUAGAGGAGUUCAACAAGAUUAAAGAUUUACCGGGCGAUGGCUUCUACAUCAGGGCUCUGUACGACCGGGUGGCGGAGAUAGACCAGGAGCUGAGCUUUAAGAAGGAUGACAUCCUGUAUGUUGAUGACACUCUCCCCCAGGGCAGCUUCGGCUGCUGGAUGGCCUGGCAGCUGGAUGAGAACGCACAGAAGCUGGAAAGAGGACAGAUUCCCAGUAAAUACAUGAUGGACCAAGAGUUCUCCAGACGACACAGCAUGUCCGAGGUGAAAGAUGACAGUAGCUCCACUAAGACGCUCUCAGCAGCCGCCCGCAGGUCCUUCUUUAGAAGAAAGCACAAGCACAAGCGCAGUGGAUCCAAAGAUGGGAAGGAAUUACUAGCCCUUGAUACGAUCAGCACGGACUCUAUUCCUUUCUUGGAUGAUUCUGUCAGUUUGGCUUACCAGCGGGUGCAGAAAGUUGACUGUACCUCUCCAAGGCCAGUACUUAUUUUGGGACCAUUACUUGAUGCUGUGAAGGACAUGUUGGUGAAGGAGUCUCCUGGAAAGUUUUGUAGAUGUCCUCUUGAGGUGAUGAAGGCUUCCCAACAGGCCAUUGAGCGGGGAGUCAAAGAUUGCUUGUUCAUCGACUACAAGAGGAGGAGCGGCCAUUUUGAUGUCACCACCGUAGCUUCGAUUAGAGAGAUCACAGAAAAGGAUUGUCAUUGUCUCCUGGACAUUGCUCCCCAUGCCAUCGAGCGGCUGCACAGCAUCCACAUCUACCCCAUCGUCAUCUUUAUCCGCUACAAGAAUGCUAAACAGAUCAAAGAGCAGAAAGAUCCCUUCUUCCUGAGGGACAAAGUUACGCAGAGACAUUCCAAAGAACAAUUUGAGACGGCUCAAAAGAUAGAACAGGAGUACAGCAAAUACUUCACAGGAAUUGUCCAGGGCGGAGCUCUUUCAACCAUUUGCACUCAGAUCAUGGCAACUGUUCAUCAAGAGCAAAACAAAGUCCUGUGGAUUCCAGCCUGCCCGCUAUAGAUGGACAUUUUGCUGUGAAGUGGUAGAAAUCAGUCCGCCGGUGUAAAUAACACGCGAUUAAACAUUUCUUUUUUAUAAAUACAUAUGAAAUAUAUAUCCAGGCAGUCCUUCGUGUGGGGGAACGGUACACUGAACCAGGAGUACUGAGAGCAUCCGUUUCCAUUCCCAGGGAUUGGGAGCUAGAUGGGAGUGAGGCUUUGGCCACUGUAAUUCAUUCCUCUUAAAUCUGCUUUGUGGUUUUUGUUUGUUUUUCCGGGUUGUCGUUGGGGUUUUUUUGUUGUUGUUGUUGUUUUUAUAAAUCCUACAAAUGAGAUUUGGAUAGACUGGGGUUCAGCAUAGACGGACCUUUGGGCAACAGACCGAUCGUGAUGUUGCAGAGAGAAUCUUUUAGAAUCACACGUUUACAAACCUUUUCCAAGUAUUUGGUUGUUCAUGUUUACUUGAAUGUCUGUGUGUGUGGUUGCCCAUCGCCCCUUUCAUCGGCCCCUGCUCUCUCUCUUCCCCAUCCCCAAAUUCUCUCCCUUCUGCCCAUUCUUUCUUUUGUCAGUCGUUCUCAGUGAAGCAACACUCUCCAGCCAAGGUGGGUGGGGGGCACCCACACAAGGCCCACCAACGGGUGGACUGUGGGACUCGCCCUGGCGAUGUUUCUGUCAGCUUGGAAAGUGUCCCAUGGGUGAGACCCCAGGUGGUCCCUGGGGUCCAGGCCCACCUCUACAGGCCAGCCAUUCUCGGGCUUUCCAAACUGUCAAAAUUCUGUCUUUCCCCUUGCACGGAUCCGGUAUUCAUUCAGUCAUGUUUAUUGAGCGCUUACUGGUAGAUAACCAUCGUCUCCUGCUUGGACGUCGGCGCUUCUUGUUCGUGAUGGGGGUGAAAUGGUUCAUUCGUUGGUUCGUUUCUUGGGCCUGGUCUGAUGAGCAGGGCGGCGGCGGCGGCCAGAAGCUCAGUCCCCACACCCGCUCUCAUGUCCUUUUUCGGAUUCUGUAAAUAUCGACGACUUACGUUGGUGCAAUUUUGCAGGGUAAUUCUUAAGCUUGUAAUUCAAUGUGUAGCAUUCACGUAGGGUUUUGUUUUGUUGUUUAAUUUAAUAUGAGGACCUUCUCAGCUGAGGGUUUUCCCAGAAAGCCUUUUAGGGAGGUACCAUGAAUGGUAAAGUCACUUUCAAAAACAAUAAAUAGAUAAGAGCCUAUUCCUUUUUAGGAUUGAUUGCAACACUUAUUCACACUCUUUUUUACCAAAUACCAUGAUAUCUAUUGUUUGUCGGGCGUUAUUUUUCUCUUUUUUUUUGCACUUCCGAAGCUGGGGAGAGCCCUGACACAGGUUUGUUGUAUUGGACUCUGCCUUAACUGCGUCCUGUUGGUAGGUACUGUACUUUGUUUAUUGAAGUAUCAUUUGAAUAGGACUAUAUCUUAAUCACUGUUCCUAACAUUUCAUUUUUUUUAACAGUAAUUUUUUUUUUAGUCCUAGAAUCCAGAUUGUAGUUUUGCUUUUGUUUGCAUUUUUUUAAUUAAAAAAAGGGAUUUUCUUGCACAGUUCUUUAAGACAGCAAAUAUGUUGGUCCUGAGUUGUGUCCUUUGUUUUAGAGGUACAUUUUUUUUUUUAGCUCAAACUACUAAAAGGAAACUGUAGAAUACUUAACUGAUGAAUUACCUAGUCUAUGUAGUUUUCAUACUGAGGGACAACAGGCUUUUAAAAAAAGUUGAAAUUAGUGUUUUGAACGAUGGUACAUUUGAAAGAGACAGGUACUGUUCUGACUGUGAUUUUUCUGGACUAUAAGUAAAAAUGUCACUUUGUAUCAAAAGAGGUAAAGAAACUGAUUAGUACGACAAAUAAAGGUCAAUUUCUGAAACUUAACA